AUGGAGGCGACGGCCGGCGUUGAGGAAGGGGAGGGGACGGCGGCCGGCGACGUUGGAGAGGAAGGAGGAGGAGCGGCCGGAGGGAGGAGAAGGACGCGCGGCGCCGGGCGGUUCCUCCGGGCGGCGGUGUGGCCGGACGGCGGCCUUGGGCGCGCGCCGGCACGGGAGGUGGCGAGCCGCGGCGACGGAGGCGGCGGAAAGCGGCGGCGGCGCGGGGCCCGGCGGGCGGAGGCGCGCGGGCCGGAAGGGCCUGACGCGGGCUCCGGGCCGGCGGCGCGGGCGGCGAAGUGGGCGCGGGCGGCGGCGAAUCCGGAGGCGUCACGUGGCGGUGGCGGUGGGAAACGGACACGUCCGUCGGUGGAUGUUUUGUCCGGCGGCGCGGAGGGGACGGGGUUAGGGUUUCAUCUGCGGAUUAUUUCGGGAAGGAUGCAUAUAUAUAGGUAG